GGGACCGGCCGGCCGCGGCCGCCGCGGUGUGAGCGCCCUUCAGGCUCGCCUCGGCGUCCCGCAGACCCCCUGUUAGUACAAGAGGGAGCUGCCUCCUGCGAGGCCGCCGUGCUCUCGGUUUAAAUGUAAUACUGGAUAUUUAUUUCUUUUAAGCUCUGUUAAUACAACAAGCGGUAAAGCCAUAAUGUGGCAUACCAUCCUGUUUGAGAGGUGAACAUUGCUGAAUAAAAAUGGCUGACAGAAGUGGGAAGAUUAUUCCAGGACAAGUGUACAUUGAAGUGGAAUAUGAUUAUGAAUAUGAAGCCAAGGACAGAAAGAUUGUGAUAAAACAAGGGGAACGAUACAUCUUGGUGAAAAAGACCAAUGAUGACUGGUGGCAAGUCAAACCAGAUGAGAACUCCAAGGCGUUCUAUGUGCCAGCCCAGUAUGUUAAGGAGGUCACCCGCAAAGCUCUCAUGCCGCCUGUUAAACAAGCAGUUGGACUGCCAAAUAAUUCUAUGAAAAUGAUACAGAGUCUCCAUCUUCAGAGGUCAACAGAAAAUGUGAACAAAUUGCCUGAGCUUUCAAGUUUUGGAAAGCCAUCAUCGUCUGUUCAAGGAACAGGUCUCAUUCGUGAUGCAAAUCAGAAUUUUGGACCCAACUAUAAUCCAGGUCAGACUGUGAACCUAAGCCUGGACUUGACCCAUAAUAACGGAAAGUUUAACAGUGACUCACAUUCUCCUAAAGUUUCUGGCCAGAAUAGGACGCGCUUAUUUGGUCACUUUCCCGGCCCGGAGUUCUUGGAUGUAGAGAAAACUAGCUUCUCCCAGGAACAGUCUUGUGAUUCAGCAGGAGAAGGCUCGGAAAGAGUACAUCAGGAUUCUGAGUCUGGCGAUGAACUUAGCAGCAGCUCCACUGAACAGAUAAGGGCAGCGACACCUCCAAAUCAAGGACGUCCAGAUUCUCCUGUCUACGCUAAUCUACAAGAACUGAAAAUAUCCCAGUCUGCUCUUCCCCCACUUCCUGGGAGCCCAGCAAUUCAGAUUAAUGGAGAAUGGGAAACUCAUAAAGAUAGUUCAGGGCGUUGUUACUACUAUAACAGAGGAACCCAGGAAAGAACCUGGAAACCACCUCGUUGGACUCGGGAUACAGGCAUAAGCAAAGGAGAUUUCCAGAGUCCAGGAGACCAAGAGUGGCUCAAGCAUGUUGAUGAUCAAGGUAGACAAUAUUACUACAGUGCAGAUGGAUCUCGUUCAGAAUGGGAAUUGCCAAAGUAUAAUGCUUCAUCCCAGCAGCAAAGAGAAAUAAUUAAAAGUAGGAGCCUGGACAGGCGGCUGCAAGAACCAAUUGUAUUAACAAAGUGGAGACAUAGCACCAUUGUGUUGGACACCAAUGACAAGGAAUCUCCAACUGCCUCAAAACCCUGCUUUCCUGAAAAUGAAUCUUCUCCCUCUUCACCAAAGCACCAAGAUACAGGUCAAGAAAAAUAUGGAUUACUAAAUGUAACAAAAAUUACUGAAAAUGGGAAAAAGGUUCGAAAGAACUGGUUGUCUUCUUGGGCCGUGUUGCAAGGUUCAUCUUUACUCUUUACCAAAACUCAAGGAAGCAGCACAAGUUGGUUUGGGAGUAAUCAGUCCAAGCCAGAGUUCACAGUGGACCUAAAGGGGGCGACGGUGGAGAUGGCUUCGAAGGAUAAAUCCAGCAAAAAGAAUGUGUUUGAGCUGAAAACCCGUCAAGGAACAGAACUGCUAAUUCAGUCUGAUAAUGACACUGUUAUUAAUGAUUGGUUUAAAGUUCUUAGUAGUACUAUCAAUAAUCAGACAGUAGAAACUGAUGAAGCUAUUGAAGAAGAGAUACCAGAUUCCCCAGGAAUAGAAAAGCAUGAUAAAGAGAAGGACCAUAAGGAUCUUAAGAAACUUCGUUCCACGAAAGUGUCUAGCAUAGAUUCUUCAGAACAGAAAAAAACCAAGAAAAACUUAAAGAAGUUUCUUACACGGCGCCCCACUUUGCAAGCUGUUCGUGAAAAAGGUUAUAUUAAAGAUCAAGUAUUUGGAGCCAAUCUUGCUAAUCUUUGUCAGAGAGAAAAUGGUACAGUGCCAAAAUUUGUGAAGUUAUGCAUUGAACAUGUUGAAGCAUAUGGUUUGGAUGUUGAUGGGAUAUACAGAGUAAGUGGCAACCUUGCAGUGAUCCAGAAACUGAGAUUUGCAGUCAAUCAUGAUGAGAAAUUGGACUUGAAUGAUAGUAAAUGGGAAGAUAUUCAUGUUAUUACUGGAGCACUCAAAAUGUUUUUUCGAGAAUUACCAGAACCUCUUUUUACAUUUAACCAUUUUAAUGAUUUUGUUAAUGCAAUUAAACAGGAACCAAGACAGCGAGUCGCUGCUGUUAAGGACCUAAUCAGACAGUUGCCAAAGCCAAAUCAAGAUACAAUGCAGAUUCUUUUUAGACAUCUCAAAAGAGUUAUAGAAAAUGGAGAAAAAAACCGAAUGACCUAUCAGAGUAUAGCAAUUGUGUUUGGUCCCACUCUGUUGAAGCCAGAGAAGGAGACUGGUAAUAUAGCAGUUCAUACUGUCUACCAAAAUCAGAUUGUAGAAUUAAUUCUACUGGAAAUAAAUUCCAUCUUCGGGCGUUGAUUCUUAUUGAAGACAACCUGUGGAUUAUUGAAGCCGGAUCCCAUCAGAUUUCAAAUCCUUAUACAUGGUGUAUUUUAUUUUUGGACCAAGCAGUGACUCUUUGAUUUUGCACUUUUUUGAGGGAUCAGAAGGGAAUGGGGGAGUCAAGAUGUGUGUUAGGCCCUCAUAUUUGCUGCUUUGUUGCAAGUUGAUAUAACUGUGUGUAAUUUUGAAUUAAUUUUAUCCUGAAUGUUUUGCAUUUCACACUCUGAAUUUCAGUAAAAAUCAAAACUUAACAACCAGUCGUAUACACUGGAUAAUUUGGUAAGAAAACUACAUUUUUUUUCUCAAACUGGAUAAUGUAGAAUUUCUUCUCAAGAUUCAUUAGAUUCAUCACUUGAUAGAACAGUACUCACUAUCAGUUAUUUUGAAGACGCUGUUGGGCAUUCUAAACAAAAUGAAGUAUAUCCUUUUUGAAACCUGUGUAUUUAUUUUUCAGGGUUUCUGCAUGCAGUGGCAGUCUUAAGUUCUACAGUUCAUUCUAACCCAGAUGUAAUCCCUUGGCGAAGGCUUUCCACCUUCCCUGUGUUGCACACCAUCCUUAUUGGAUGGAUGUCUUAGUCGCUUGUUGGGCAGCACACUAAUAUUACUUAACACACUGUGAUAUACUGGAGUUUAAUUUAGCAUAAGUCAGUUCAGGGUAUUUUGGGGCUGUCUGUGCUACGCUGAUUUGUAGCUAACAAUCCUAAUUAUAUCUAGUGCCAUACUGAGUUCUUGGUAUGACCCUGUGGAAACAGACAUUAUCUGAUGUAAAUAUAAGCUAAAGACUUAAUGUCCUUUAGCUUAUGUAUAUAAUUUUGUUGUAUAGUCUCAGAGUACAUUCUAACCUGACAUUUCUAAUCGUGAUAUUGGUAAUCUUUUCCGUGAAUAUUAGGUUUCCUCCAGAAAUAGGCUGUUAUUUGAGAAACUUAACUGUGUGCACUUUUAGAUUUUUAAUUACAUUUACAGGCAAAUCACUGUAAUGCAAAUGGUACUGGAAAAAUACUGAAUAGACUUGCUAAAUGGUAAAUGCACUACAAGAGGAAUCUUUUAGAUAAUUUAAUAUGUACAGAAUACAUUAGAAAAAAAUUUAUUACAGAAUUCUAACUGGUGCAGUAUGAAUAGUGGAAACCCAUAUGUAAAUUAGAUGGAUGUCAAAUGGAAAAUGACAUUGCUAAAUUUGAGAAUUUCUUUUUACAUUACUAAUGUAGAUUGAUUUGUAUAAUAAAACAGGGUUUGGAAGGUUUUGUUACAGAGAGCAUGGUCUGUUGAAGAUAUUUUAAGAUGUAUUUUUCUAGAUUAACUGAUGUAUAUGAAAUGUCUAAUCCGAAUAAAGAAAACUAUAAGAGGUUUAGAGAUUUUCCGUUGGAAAUGUGCAUUUUGGUUUUUAAUUUUUUUCUUGUUUUUGCAUUUACUGGCAUACUCUUAUACCUCAUUUUUAAAAAAUCAACUGAAUCCAAUAUUUCCUGUGGUAAAUAUAUUUUCCUCAUUUUUUCCACACCUUUUCUACUCCCUGCCAUGCCAAUACCUCCUCCACUCUCCCCUCUCCAAUUUUCAUUUCUUCAUCAAUAUUUGAAAGUGAAUGAUUUGUGACCAAGACUUCUUUUCUUCGAAUUGCAUUUGUAAUUUACAGAUGGUCUUCCUUGGGAACAAAUAGUUUUUGUACAAUCCAAAAAUCUCUCAGCUGAGUUUUGUGGUAAAAAUAUUGUUUGUUGUUGUGGUCUUGUUAAAUUGGUAACAAACUAAGCUACUUGAUAGCUAUGGAAAGCAGAUUGUUUUGGGCAGGGAUAAAAAGCCCCAAAAUGAGAACAUUUGUAUUUGUCUAACAAUGUCCUGAUCAAUAUAGUAUGCUUUAGAACUGGCCUAUAUAGUGAUUGUAUGCCAGCAAAACCAUUAGACUCAAACCAGUGAUGCUCUUUCUCUUGGUAGCUGUGGACAUAACAAAGAUUAAAAUUGUCCUGUGUUUCUUGUUUCAAAGUACAUGUGUGUGUAUGUGGAGUCUUAAAUGUUUUAUUAGUCUACAGCUAAUUAGUUUAUUGUAUGUACAGUGAGAUCAAUGUCUUGUGUUUUCAUCUUUUGUGAAUUAAAAAUUCUCACUUUUUUUUUUUUUGUAAUAACAAAACCAGUAAUAUUUUCCUGUCUUGACAACUUGGUUUUUAGUAGAAAAUAUAUUAAAGGCUGAAAUAAAUUGUUAGUGGAUUUCAUUUGCUAAUAGGCCUUCCUUCAGAAUGUCAUU